UGGCCAUCGUCAUUACAUUUGCGAAGAGCGACAUCUCGUUCUCGGCACCCGCGUACAGGGGAACGUAUGCCAAUCUCCAACACAUCCUGCCCGUUCUGAUGGUAUGAAGGACAGUUCCCUGCCAGAAUCUCUCCCACAGCAAUACCAAUAGAACCAGAAGGCGGCGAAUCCGUCUGAACGGGGCGGCGUAUCGAUAUUCCACAGCCAUAAGCAGUGCGAGACGUCCUAUAUGAAACAAGGCAGGUCUCGUCAGCUUCUCCGAAGUACGGAAUGUCGAGUCACCCAACGGCCUCGCCCGCGCAUGAAGCCCGCACCAUCAACUUCUGCUGCGCUCGCAGGCCGAUAGACCGUUCGACAAGGCCCAUGGACUCCGUUCAGCAAUACACCAACGAGCCAAUGCUGCUGCUUUCCCGCACCGAAUCUGACUUGCGCAUGCUGGUCUCUCGCGCAUCGGCCACUCGAAACAGCACUGUCGCCUCCCUGGCACACUCUCCACUCACCGAGUACGCCUGCCAAGCUCCCAGGCUAUCGCUCUACCAGCGCGCGUUCUUUAAUGAACGCGAACGAGCCCAUCACGCGCUUCUUUCGCCUGCAUCGAAACUUCGCCGACGGUCGCAUUAAUAAAAUUUCGGGGGACAUAUCAUUCAAGGAAACUCACACUGCUGACAGAAGGAGGUCCCCAGAUCACGCCACGGAAGGUUGGGUCACGGGCUGGUGCGGUUGCAAGGCAUAAAUGAUGGGGCACGGAGAUGAGAUUCGGCACCUCUCUCCGCCCCUCAUCUCCUCCCUUCCUCAACCGUCCUUCACGAGCACGCCGCCUAGCUCUCCGCUCACUACCGCUGACGACCGCGAACGACCGUCUCAGGAUCGACCGGGCGCAACAUGCCCGUACUGGUGCGU